UUUUGGCUAAUGGUCUUUUUGUUUUAAAGAUUCGUGAUAAAAUUGAACAAGAACUGAAGGAACAAAGCACAGGCAUUGGGAUCGUGAAGAUCAAAUUUCCUGUUAAAGAACUUGACGACCUUAACUUACGGGAAAAAAUCCACAAUGCCUUCAAUGCUGAAAGAAUUGGUUUCGAACUAUUCAUCAAAGAUAAUAGUGGAGAAAAAGAAAUGAUUCAUACAAAACUCAGAAAUUCACUUGAGAAUCAAAAUCGAAAUUGGUGUACAAUUAAUAAUACCAUUUGUGUAGUCGGAAAUAGAGAUUUCAGACCUGAUGUUGGUGUGUGGUUUCAGCGACCAACACUUCCACAAAGGCGUAUGUCUAUCAUCUAUACUUGUCCACAUCCUAAUGUUUGGAUUGAGCAGAAUACGACUGGCAUUGAGUUUGUGGCAAUAGCUCUUCCCACUGGACUAAACCCCUUUCAUGCUAAUCCUAAUACUGGAAUUAGUACAACUCAUGCAACUAGUCAAC